GAAGUUGUUGGAAGAGAUACUUUUCUGAAAUUUGACGAAAAAUUGCGGACUCCUGCAGCUCGAAUGCCGGUCAGAAUGAAUGAAGCACAGGCAGUUAACGCCGGCAUGGUGUCUUAUAUCCCUACGCGCCUCGUGCGUCACUGACCUAAAAAAUCCCUCCGAAAUCUUCCGAAUGCCCACAAAUAUGUUACCUAUUCAAAGAAGUAGAAUGUAUUUUAAGUAUAAUUUUCAGCUGAAGAAAAAAAUUGAUUAUGUCUGUCUUCGCUCCUUAUGAGAAUCAAAUAGGCACGGUGCUAUUUUUGUCUGGCGAAAUAAUCUAUACCAAAUACGGUGCUGUUUGGUUCAGUGACGUCAUGGCUGACUCACGUGCGUUGCCGCGAGACUGACCGUUCAAAAGCGCCCCUGUGCGAUAAAUAUAAAAACUGCAUCUACCGGAACCGGUUGUCUCGUGACAGAAACAACACAAUGGCUGCCACUGUGAAGAUGUUUGUUGCUUUGUCUUUGUUUGUGCUCGUCUUGCAGGGACAAAGAGCAGCCGGACGCAGCUUUAGUAUCGACUAUGAUAACAACACGUUCCUGAAGGAUGGCGAGCCGUUUCGCUACAUCUCCGGCAGCAUCCAUUAUUCCCGUGUUCCCCGCAGCUACUGGCAGGACAGACUGACAAAGAUGUACGCUGCGGGGCUCAACGCUAUCCAGACUUAUGUACCCUGGAAUCUCCACGAGCCGAAGCCAGGGAAGUACGACUUCACGGGAAACAACGACAUCGAGGCGUUCCUGAAAAUGGCGAAUGACACGGGCCUCCUGGUCAUCCUGCGGCCUGGGCCGUACAUCUGUGCAGAAUGGGACAUGGGAGGCCUUCCAUCCUGGCUGAUGAAGGACAACUCCUCUAUUGUACUGAGGUCAUCAGAUCCUGGUACAGAUCCAGCUGGUGCCUUCAAGGGGCAGAGGAAACAUCAACCUAAAGGCCCCUUGGUGAACUCGGAGUUCUACACUGGUUGGUUGGACCACUGGGGACAGCCUCACGCACACACGGACAAGGACAAGGUGGCCACAUACCUGGAGAAGAUACUGGAACUCAACGCCAGCGUUAAUAUGUACAUGUUUGAAGGAGGCACCAAUUUUGGCUACAUGAAUGGGGCAAAUGGCCCCUUUAAGCCGCAGCCUACAAGUUAUGAUUACGAUGCGCCGCUAACCGAGGCAGGCGAUCCCACCGACAAGCUUACCACUAUCUCCAAUGUCAUUGCCAAGUUCCGCCACUUGCCACCAGGGCCGGUACCCCCUGCCACACCUAAGGCAGCUUAUGGGAAAGUCCAGAUGACAUUUGAGGCCACAGUGCUGGAUAAGUUGACUGACCUGUCACCAGAUGGACCAAUCAGAGCUGACUAUCCCAUCACCAUGGAGAACAUGCAACAGAGCUAUGGGUUCAUGCUGUACAGGACUACUUUAACUGCUGCAGCUACAGGAGCCAAACUGUCUGUGCCAGGCAUCAGGGACAGGGGCUACGUCAUGCUAGAUGAGACUCCUGCUGGUAUCCUGAGCCGUAACGGCCCCAUGGACUUGAACCUGACGGCACAGGCAGGUCAGGUAUUGGACAUCGUGGUGGAGAACCAAGGUCGCAUCAACUUCGGCAGGUACAUCAACGACUCCAAGGGCAUCAUCGCAAACGUGACCCUCGGAAACGACACCCUCCGUUCCUGGUCCAUCUACUCGUUAGACAUCGAUGGCGCCCUCCCUACGCUGUUCUCACAACCUUCCAAUCCGGCUGUUGAUAUUGAUGGCAGCCUCCCACCUCUGUCUUAUGUUCUGCAGAAUGACAUAGAGGGCAUCGACGGACAGUUGACCAAUCAGGAGAAGCGUAGCACACAGCCACGGCGAUCCCGGGCAGGCCAGAUGGUACCGUCCUUCUACACGGGAACGUUCUCCAUCCAGGACACUCCUCAGGACACCUUCCUCAACAUGAGGGGAUGGACUAAGGGUCAGGCAUUUGUUAAUGGGUUCAACCUGGGCCGCUAUUGGCCGGUGGAAGGGCCACAGAUCACGCUGUACGUUCCGGCAAGCGUUCUGAAAUCCGAGAACAACAUCACGCUCUUCGAAUUGGAAGCAUCGCCGUGUAAUAUGGCGCAAAGUUCAGACGCCGACUGUACCGUUGAGUUCCAAGAUCGACCAAUCAUCAAUGCGACUGUGUCACGCCAUCGAGGUGAAAAAUACGACAGCACCGCCACUGACUCUGCCCCCCCUCAGCUUGAUGCGUUUGUAGCUGUUGUAUUGGGUGUUGUGUUCUCUGUAGCAUAUCCUAUCAGCACAGUGCUUAACAUCAUGCUUUCAUAACUAGGAGAAAGUACAAAGAUAGUAAAACUUGAAUAAAUGGGUGAUGCCUUAGGGGGUAUCUAAUAAUAGUAUGCAAAUGCAAUUUAGGUAUAGCACUCUGAGGAUGCUUAGUCUAUUUUACUUAUUUUUAGUUACACUGUGCUUCACAGUUUAAAUACAUCUUGUUUCAUGCUACCAUAAACCUAUAAUGACAAAAGAGAUUCAGAUAAGCAAGUAACAAUGUAUUAUUAUUAUGUACAGAAUGAUUUGUGAGAGCAGAAUUGCCCUGAAAGGUGAUAGAUGAUAAUAUGCAGUGAUUUAGCCAGCUAAAGCAAGGAUAUUAUAUAAAGAAACUCCAAAAAGCAGUUCCUCUAGCAACUGGAUAUGAUUUUGGAAACAGAUGUUUCAGACCACAACCAUUGCCUUUCGUCGGUGAAACUGUUCAUGGAGUUGUGACAGUAAUAUUGCUCUCAGUACUGAAUGAACAGAAGUAAAAUACAUUGCAUAUGAGGUCUAUUGUGUAAAGUGUGUGAAUUUGAGGCAGUGUAUUGCACAAUGUAGUUUGCCAAUGUUCAGCACAGACUAGUAUUAACUUUCUUUUUGAAGUUCUUUAGUUUUGGUUUAGAGUAGCUGCAUGCUGUACUAA